UUCUUCUCUAUUUGCGUUUCUUCUUCUACCUAUUCUUUUCUUCUUCUGCGUCUAAAUAUGGAGAUUCUUGAUGUUACUUCAAUCCACCAUUAACAAAGCUUACAGUUAUUUUUUUGCCAAUCAUCAAAUCAAUAUAACCCAUAAAGAUAUUUCUACUUCUGUGCCUCUUUCAAAAGAGGCAAAAUGUUUGAUGCAUUAAUCAAACCAAAAUUCCACGGAAAAUGCAAAUCGUUGGUGAGGCUUACGAAGACGCGCGUUGAGAUGGUCAAGAAGAAGAAGAGUUCUGUUUGCAAGUAUUUGAAGAAUGAUAUUGCUGAUCUCAUUAAAAACAAUCUUGAUUACAAUGCUUAUGGAAGGGCUGAAGGACUUCUGGUUGAGCAGAAGAGAUUGUCAUGCUAUCAAAUUAUUGAGAAGUUCUGUGAAUGCACCAUAAACCAUCUCCCUCUCAUGCUGAAACAAAGGGAAUGUCCUGAAGAGUGCAGGGAAGCUAUAUCAUGUUUGAUAUUUGCUGCUGCCAGACUUUCAGAAGUUCCAGAAUUGCGUGACCUCAGAGCUCUAUUCAACGAGAAAUAUGGCAACUUGUCUGAAUCAUUUGUAAAUGAAGAGUUGCGAGAUAAAUUCAAACCAGAUCCUCCCUCAAAGGAUAUGAAGUUUGAAUUGAUGCAUGACAUUGCUCAAGAAUUUGGCAUUGACUGGGAUUCCAAGGCUUUAGAACAGAAAUUGUUCAAGCCACCUGCAAUAACUGCACAAAAUGAAUCUAAGCAUACCCGUUUGAGGAAUGGCAAUGAUGAUGGUGGAUACAGAGUUAAGAAAAGCAUGAGUGAUGCUUUUCGAGAUCGAGAAAGUCAAGACGAAAAGGACUAUACGAUGCCAAAAAGAAAUGGGAGUGAUGUCUCAUUGUAUAACAAAAACAAGCUGGAAAUCUGUAGGGAAGACGAGGCAAUUGCUUUUGACACAAGAGAUUCACUUGAGACAAGUUCAAGUUCAGUAGGAAGUGUUUCCGAGGAUGCAAACAAGCCUUUUUACUAUCGAUUCAUCCCUCCUCCGUAUGUUAAAACAAACCCAAAUAAAGAAGAGAAGGAUAAGGAUGAAACUCCUCCAUACGUCAAAACAGACCCAAAUGAGAAGGAAGAACAUGGAAAGGAGAAGGAUAGAAGUCCAUCCUAUGUUAAAACGGACCCAAAUGGAAAAGAAAUGCAGGGAAAAGAGAAGGAUAAAACUGAACAAGUUGUUGAAGCUAAGCCGAAACCAAGAUCAGUCAGGAGCAGAUUUGCUAAACCAUCACGUACUCAUGUCGCUUAUGAUGAUACAAAUGGAGUCAAAGAAGAGAAAAGGGAUGAAGAAGAAAAGAUGAUAGAUGGGCUUCUGAUGCAUUACAGUAAGAAAAAAGCUCCACCAACUUCAUUGCAGCCCGAGAUGUCGGGUGGCCGUGUUCAUCCAAACCUACCUGAUUAUGAAAAUUUGGCAGCUCGACUUGCAGCACUUAAAUAAAUCAAAGAAGGAGAAGCAAAUAAUAACACAAAGAAAAACUAUUAACGUAUUCAUUUCAAUUCUUUUCUCCUAUUCAAGAUUAUAAUUUGUAUAACUCUGUCUCUAGGCAUUGUCACAAGCUAAUAUUUUCUGCUUCUAUGGUCUUCCAAGUAUCUUUGAGGUCUUGUGGAUUGUAAAGAAGUGAUAUUGCAUACACACAGUCAGUCAAUGAGGAAGAAAUGGAUUCUUGAUGCAUAUAAUAUGAAUCAUUGAUUGAUUA